AUGGGCAACAUUCCAGCUUGUCAGUCAUCCUUUUCAUCCGCGGGAGACUGGGACUAUUCAGCUCCACAGGGAGCUUCGACCUCGGUACUCAGGGUUCCCUUUGCGAAAAAGAACAACCGUGAGUUAACCGACGCCUACGACUGGUAUACGAUGCUUGCCUACGACUACGAACGUGCGGUGUCAGAACAAGUCCCCAUUACCAUGAAAGAUCAAGCCUGCUGGGCCCUUCUGCUGCAGGCAACGGACAUGAUCUUGAUUCUUGACAACGAUCCGCCGAUCAGGGCGCCAGUAUCGACCACCUUUGUGUGCCUUGACCGUUAA